CCACCACCAUAUAUGUUUUGUCACAAAUACGUAUUAAUAUUUUCAACAUCAUCAAGGAGAGCUAUCAAGCAUUAUGCCAUUGCUCACCUUCACUUUACCCCUCUAUUCUUUGCUCCUCUUCUCCUCCACCACCACCGCGGCCGCCCAACCAUACAACGCCACCGACCAUUACCUUUUCGACUGUGGUUCCUCUAGCACCACCAACUUUUCGGACCGUAUAUGGGAUGGUGAUGAAAGUUCAAACUUUGUACCCUCCAGCAUCACCACCACCUCAUUUUCAUCUGCCCCCCUUUACCGAGAUCCUUCGGUCCCUGAAACACCUUACUCCACUGCCCGAAUCUUUAACACUUCGUCGUUCACCUACAAAUUCCCGGUCUCCCAAGGGCCCAAGUUCGUCCGCCUCUAUUUCUAUCCCACCACCUAUUCUGACCUCAAUCCAAACCAAUCUUAUUUCUCAGUAUCAUGCAAUGGCUACUCUCUCUUAAGCAACUUCAGUGCUUUCCGAACCGCCUCCUUUCUGGCUACGACCCGGUCUGAUGCAGGAGUUGAUGGUCCCCAGGUUCCCAACUUUGUCAAAGAAUUCAUCAUAUAUGUAAAAGAUACACGAAUCCUAAAUGUUACCUUUACACCCACACCCAACUCAUAUGCCUUCAUUAAUGGUAUUGAAAUCGUUUCAAUGCCGGAAAAUCUGUAUUUUAACAGUAGCAACUUGAACUACGUUGGUCAAACAACAGGACCUGUAAUUGACAACAAAAAAGCUCUUGAAAAUAUUUACAGGCUAAACAUGGGUGGGGGACAUAUAUCAGGUACUGAAGAUACUGGUAUGUACCGGUCAUGGGAACAAGAUAAUAGGUAUAUAUACGGGGCAGCAAUCGGGUGGACACCUGUCUAUGCUCAGUUGAAGCCGAUUACGUAUACCUUGGAGACACCAAAUUAUACUGCGCCUGAGCUAGUUUAUCAAACCCAAAGGAGUAUGGGCAAUCAGGCUGACAGGUACAAUCUGACUUGGUUACUCUCCGUUGAUUCUGGGUUUUAUUACAAGCUCAGGCUCCAUUUUUGCAACAUUAUACCACAAUACACAGAAAGAGGUCAGGUGGUUUUCAAGAUUUUCAUUAAUAAUCAAACUGCCGACGAGGAAAUUGAUCUGUUCCACUUGACUCAAGAUAGCGGGUAUCCUGUAUACAAGGAUUACAUCGUGUUUGUCAAUGAUCCGGAUCGCAGCGGAGGCAAGCAGGAUAUGUGGGUCGCUAUACAUCCUAGUCCCAAUACUGAAACAUUUCAUGAUGCUUAUUUGAACGGUUUGGAAGCCUUCAAGGUAAGCGCGGAUAGAAGUCUUGCUAGCCCAAACCCGGAACUUAGGGAAUACCCACAACCAAGGCCUGCAUCUCCUGUAAUACAGAACAAAAAGAAAACGGUGCCAUAUGGCCCCAUAAUCGGAGGUGUUGGUGGAGGGUUAGUCUUGUUGACUGUUUUGAGUCUUGUUGUUUUCCUGCGAACACGAGUCAAACACUUUGGUAAGGCUGGUGACAAGCCAACAAAAUCUACUAAGACUUGUCAGCCACCAUUACUAUCAGAUCGAUGUCUUCGUUUUUCACUUAUAGAAUUGAAAAUUGCAACCUGUGAAUUCGAUGAAAAAUGUAUCAUAGGCAAAGGAGGGUUUGGUACGGUGUACAAAGGGUACAUUGACAACACUAAAACCGUUAUUGCAAUCAAACGGCUCAAGUCAUCAUCCAAGCAAGGUUUUCAUGAAUUCAGAACCGAAAUUGGGUUUCUAUCCAAACUACGUCAUGUACAACUAGUGUCCCUGAUUGGAUAUUGUGAUGAUGAGGGCGAGAUGAUACUGGUAUAUGAUUACAUGCCCAACGGAACUCUACGGGAACAUCUGUACAAGAAUAACAACCCUCCGUUGUCAUGGAAAAGACGUCUUGAUAUUUGCAUUGGUUCAGCCAAAGGAUUGCAGUAUCUCCACACAGGUGCAAACCGUGCAAUAAUCCACCGGGAUGUCAAGUCAACAAAUAUCUUACUAGAUGAAAAUUGGGUUGCUAAGUUGUCUGACUUUGGAUUGUCAAAGCUAGGCCCUAAAGACAGAACAAAAGACCAUGUUAGCACAGUGGGGAAGGGUACCAUCGGGUAUAUGGAUCCAGAAUAUUACAGGAGGAGACAACUCACUGAAAAAUCUGAUGUGUACUCGUUUGGGGUCGUUUUGCUUGAAGUGUUGUGUGCAAGACCUGUUAUCAAUCUAGGGCUACCGGAUAAACAAGUGAAUCUAGCAGAACUGGGAAAGUCAUGUUAUCGAAAGGGUACCCUGCAUGAGAUAAUUGAUCUCAACCUAAGCGGUGAGAUUGCCCCCAGGUGCUUAAUGAAGUUUGGAGAGACAGCAAUUAGUUGCUUGAAACACGAAGGAAUCGCACGCCCAACCAUGGACGAAGUGAUUUGGGGACUAGAGUUAGCAUUGCAACUGCAAGAAGAUGCUGAGGAAACCGGUGGAAUGUUAGAAAAUCAACAGCUUUCAUUAUCCAUGCAAGCAGAGCCAGCCACAACCGAUGAAUAUGUAUCACUGGACUCAACAGGAAUGGCAAAAAGACAUGACACGUCACCGACUGACACUUUCAGCGAGAUAUCACAGUCAACGGCAGGCUAAUAUAAAUUUACGGGCUUAAGACUCCAGCAUCACAGACAAGCAAUAUUUUUGGUUUAAAUUUGAUGUCAAUUGUUUUGUGAUUAAAUUAUGUAUCUCUAGUAUCACUCUUUUCAUGUACAUAUUAAUUUUUAAUUGCCAUCAUCGAAUGAAUAUAACAGUUAACAGAUCAAA